CGUUACAUGUUUUUGCUGAAAUUGGAGGGAAACAUCAGUAGAGAAUCGGAAACCGACAGAAUGCCGGUGGCGCGGCCUGAAUCAUCAAUUCAACGAGUCAUCGCGCACAUCGACAUGGACUGCUUCUAUGUCCAAGUCGAACAGAGGAAACAGCCUCAUCUGAGGGGUCAACCUACUGCUGUUGUACAGUACAAUGCUUGGAAAGGCGGAGGCUUGAUAGCAGUCAGCUACGAGGCCCGUAAACAUGGGGUGAAACGUUCGAUGCGAGGUGAUGAUGCAAAGAGAGUUUGUCCUGAAAUUCAGAUGGUUCAGGUUCCAGUUAAUCGCGGUAAAGCAGACUUGACCAUAUAUCGAAAUGCGGGUUCAGAGGCUGUGUCUAUUCUUGCGACUAAAGGGCGUUGUGAGAGGGCAUCAAUUGAUGAAGUUUAUCUUGAUCUCACUGAGGCAGCAGAAGCCAUGUUAGCUGAAACACCACCGGAUAGCUUGGACACCAUUGAUGAAGAAGCUCUGAAGUCUCACGUUCUGGGGAUUGAUAAGGAUGGAGAUGAUGCAAAUGAAAAGGUGAAGGCCUGGUUAAGAAGGCAUGAUGCUGAUCAUAAUGACAAGUUACUGGCUUGUGGAGCUAUUAUAGUUGCUGAAAUCAGAAUGCAAGUUCUGAAAGAGACAGAAUUUACAUGUUCUGCAGGAAUUGCACACAAUAAGAUGCUAGCCAAACUGACAAGUGGUAUGAAUAAGCCAGCACAACAGACAAUUGUGCCAACAUCAUCUGUGCAAGGAUUGCUGGAAUCAUUUCCAAUAAAGAAAAUGAAGCAACUAGGAGGAAAACUUGGUAGUUCCCUGCAAACUGACCUAGGCAUAAACACUGUUGGCGAUCUACUGAAGUUUACAAAGGAGAAGCUACAAGAAUGCUAUGGUGUAAAUUCAGGGUCAUGGCUGUGGAAUAUUGCAAGGGGAAUUUGUGGUGAAGAAGUUGAGGGACGUCUCCUUCCUAAAAGUCAUGGUUCUGGGAAGCUGUUUUCUGGCCCUCAAGCUUUAAAGACAAUUGCUUCUGUUGAACACUGGCUCAAUUCGCUUUGUGAAGAACUGAAUGAUCGUCUAUCCUCUGAUUUGGACCAGAAUAAGCGAAUUGCACAUACUCUCACCUUACAUGCUAGGGCAUCCAAGUUGGGUGAAUCAGACUCUGACAAUAAAUUCCCUUCCAAGUCAUGUCCACUUAGAUACGGGGCAGCUAAGAUUAAAGAAGACGCACUUAAUCUAUUUCAGUCUGGUUUACGAGAGUAUCUUGGCUCAUUCAGAAGGAAGGUGCAGGGACAUCAAACUCAGACCUAUGGAUGGAGAAUUACAUCGCUUUCUGUUUCAGCUAGUAAAAUAGUUGCUAUACCAUCGGGAACCUGUUCAAUCACGAAAUACUUCAGUGGACAAGAUCAGUUGUCUAAGUCCCUACAAUCUAACACUGGACUCAUCCAAGAAGUUACAGCAUUGUCACCUACUGGUAGUGGAAACGAGAGCAAUGAAGAGUUGACUGAUAGUAAAGCAGAUGAAACACAUUUUGGAGAAGACCUUACAACUAUGUAUUUGCCACCGUGUUUGCAUCCAGAGGAUCAUGAAAGAGAAGUGUGUCAAAACGAGGAAACCAGUGGAGUAGUGCAAACUAAUAUCCAAGAUCCACCUUAUGAUUUAUCGAAGAACUCAGAAGAUGAGCCUAAUCAAGGAACUAGAGAAAUGCCAUUAUUGGCACAACCGAAAGAUGUUUCUAGGGAAGUAAAUGGAAUGAGCUACAAGCUUAAAGAUCCAAAACAACGAAAUCAAAAAAGAAAGAUGACAAAUGAGGGAUCAAUCUUGAGAUUCUUUCAAAAUUCUUCUUCAUCUUCAUCCUCCGCCACUCCAAUUGAAGGUGUAAGCCCUAACAGAAACACGACACCAUCGAUGGCCAGAAGCACACAACAAAGUCAACAUCAGGAUCCUUGGAGUUACGAAAUUAGCGAGAUUGAUCCUGCCAUCAUUGAUGAACUGCCACCUGAGAUCCAGGAGGAGAUAAAGGGUUUGAUUCGAUCUAAUAAUAAACGAGUUAAUUCAUCUCAAGGAAUCCCCCAUUACUUCUUACCCCAAGCAAGAAAAUAGAGAGUUUGUUGACAUGUAUAUUAUAGAUUAUCGAUACGAAAGAUGAAUGAACAGAACCAUGGCAUUUAGAUCCACUUCCAGAUUAGAAAUCUAUUAGAAAUAGUGUUAGUUCUUCAUUUUAUCAUACUGUGUAUAGUUAGUGGAGAGAUUGUAACAUGACCAUAUAUAUAUGUUUUUGUGCAUCUUGUUAUUA